UUUCGCUCUGCCAGGCAUCACAGACAGUCAACAAUGCGGGACCUGCUUGGUCAUCAGGAGAUUCGUCUUGGCGAUCUGCUCGAGUGACGUAGCUGGCCGGUGGUCCUCGUCACCGCCUGCGGACCGUAUCACUCUUCUUUCUCGCUCGCCUACGCACAAGCUCCUAGACUGAAGAUGGCGCCCCGCGACGCAACAAGCGAGAAGUCUCCGCUGCUGCCUACCACGGCUGCUUCCAGCUCUAAGGAGCCGGCGGUGGACGUCCAGAAGGAGUUCCUGGGCUUGUCUUCCAUAGCGCUGCAAGUUUCUCUUGCCACCUUCGCGCGUAUCGCGCUGUACUCGAUCGACUAUGCGUUCUUGGGGCAUCUGGGCACGACUGAGCUGGCUGCAGCCUCGCUAGCAUCGGUCUGGACGACAGUACCGCUGCUGACCGUGUGGUCCAGCAUGUCGGCCAUUGUGACGCUCUGUGGACAGGCCUGGGGAGCUGGCAACGCCAAGUUAACUGGUAUCUGGCUGCAAAUGGGGCUGACGCUGGUGACGAUCUGCACUCCUCCGCUGAUGCUGUAUUACUGGUUCGUGGAGUUCGGACUGCGUGCAUCCACAAACGAUGAGGAGGUCGUACGUCUUGGUAUCCGCUUCUCGCGUAUCUUGAUGUUCUCCAUCUGGCCCAACCUCGUGUACGUCUGCUUGCGACUAUACUUCCAAGCUAUGGGAGUGAUGAUGCCUACGACGGUGGUGGGCACACUGUCGAUGGUGGUGUCUGUCACGGCCAACUACUUUUUCAUCUACGGUGCACUCGGCUGGGCUGGUCUUGGAUUCGACGGAUCUGCUGUGGCGACGGUGGCAGCCUCGUGGUUCCAGCCAGCAGCUCUAACCUGGUACUGCAUCAUCUACAAGAAAAUGCAUCUACAGGCUUGGGGUGGCUGGGAUUUUAGCGAAUUCACCCGCGAGCGCAUGACUGUGUUCUACAAUAACUCUGCUCCCGCAGCUGUCAACAGUUUGGUGUCCAAUGUGGCGUCCUCGGCGCUUUCCCUUGUUGCGGCAUGGCUGGGUGCUGAUAUCAUCGCUGCUAACGCUAUUGUAUCGGGUUUCUGGCGCUUACUGUGGGCGCUCUUCUGGGGCUUUGGAUCGGGUACACAGAUCCGUGUCUCCAACUUACUGGGAGCUAACCGACCGAAGGCUGCCAAGACGCUGAGUAUGCUUGGAUUUGGAUGCACCGUUGUCACUGUGACGCUGCUCGCGUUGAUCACGCUUGUGCUCCGCGCCGAUGUGUUUCGACUGUACACUAACGACGGCGACUUGUUAAACGUGUGCGUGUCGGUGCUGCCGAUCUUCAUCGUGGCGUUCAUGGUGGAGGCGACAGAGAUGGUUUUCGCCUCGAUCCUGUCUGCUAUGGGCCAAGUGCAUAUCACUGCGUGGACUAGUACACUGGCAACGUGGCUAGUGGAGCUACCAGCGGCCUACGUGCUUGCUAUCGUAUUGAAAGGCGGCUUUGCGGCUCUAUGGUACUCGAUCUGCCUCAUGGAGCUGCUCAAGUUGGUCGUGUAUGCGGUCGUGUUGCGUCGGAUUGACUUUGCACAGAUGGCACGCGAAGCUGUGAAGAACAUGGAAGUGGAGGACGAGAAGGAGGAGGUAAAUGUUGCAGUAGCCGAGGGCGGCACCACGGCUCUCGGUGCCAACACUGGUCUGCCGUCUCCUGUGCCGACUACACUCCUGACGCCCUCGGGCCUUGUGCAUCAAUGGGACCACGUGGACGACGGUGUUCACCCACACCAACACCACAACAAGGAGCAAUCUUGAAUUGUGAACGAGGGGAUCACGAAGGACAAGUGAGAUGAAGCACAGAUUCAACGGUGAGAGAGGUCCAUUUGCAGCCGCGUACGUGGCCAAGUGCGAGCAAUGUGCGUACAGUAACGUUACAGUCGUAAAUACACUGCGUGUGGAUCAGGAGAGGUCCAUUGGAAUUGUGCCCAGGCAUCUUGAUUACUAAAAAUCUGAGCCCGUGAACGUUUCCCUCGCCGAGGACCAUUCGCUUCGAAGUUUGGCUUGGUUCGUCAUUAGGUG